AUGUCGAAUUUGUAUUCUGAAGACGUUUUAAAUGAUCCUCAACAAGCUGGAUGGGUUGGUGCUGCAGUUAUGCCAAAAGGUCCGAUUACCCGGCUUCCUUCAGAUCAAUCUAUAUCCCAAACAGAUUUAUGGUCAUCAGAAUCUAAUAACAAACCUUUUUCUUCUAUAGUCAAUACACCUGCCACUGACAUAUCAUUUUAUGCAUUACCACCACAAGAUGAUGUUACAUUUGAGAAGCCAUCCUUAGUACAUGGGGCUAAGGAAGCGGUCGUUGGAAAGAUUAAAGAAACGAUCGGUAAACUAACGCGUAAAGAGUAUUUAAAAGAAUCUGGUAGAGAUCAAAAAAGAUGGGGAAAACGUGAAAUUAAGGCAGCUAAAAAGGAAGGCGCCACGGGAUGGUAG